AUGGCUGGCGAUCCUGGCUGGCUGCAGGCCACGCCUCGAAAUGCCGGACGACGCAGUCCGUUCCCCGCGCGUCUCAGCUUUACGCAGACGCAAAUGACCCUGAUGGGCGGCAUUAUGGGAUGGCAGGGCCUAGUCAUUGCGACCUGGCGACUGGAAUGGGUAGACGCCUGCGAGACGCACACGCGGCGCACGUACCGUCGAGCUUCAUCUCAGGACGAAGCAUCCGCUGCUGCAGAGAUGAUGGCAACUAGGGAAUCGUACGAUGCGACUCCAGAGUCAAAUCACGUCCAAAACGCCGGCUUCAGCCUGCGGGUGCAAGACGAGGCGCACGGAAGCCACUGCUGA